AUGGAGCGCACGUGGUCGACCGUCGAGGCCUUGAGGGAGCAGAACCCCGGCAUUACCAAGGACGAGCUGCGCGUCAAGAUCCAGGACACGGACAUCGUCAAGACGGACAUCGCCACGGUGACCAGCAACUGCAUGGAGCUACUGAUCUCCCAGUCCGACGAGAAGACGGCCUACACCACGCGCGACAAGCUGCGCAAGACCUUCGGUGUCGUCAUCAACGACCUCAUCACAACGGGCAAGAGCGACAACGGCACGUCCUACAAGGCCAUGGAGUACGCGUACAAGGUGAUGAACCAGGGCCUCAACUUCUGGGUCGUCACGGGCUUCGACAUGAGCGGCGUCUCGAGUUUCAUCUCCGAGUACUUCCAGUCCAUCUGCGGCCCGACGCAGUUCAUGGGCGAGAUCGACGACGGCACGCACCCGGACACGCUGGGGCUCAACAUGACCCAGAAGGCGUUCAAGAACAGCACCAUGUCCUUGACCAAGAAGGGCGACGGCCAGGUGAUCAUCAACUUCCAGAGCACCGACACCAAGAACGUGACGGUCAACAUUAUGUCUGGAGGCGACAAGAUCGACGAAAUCGACGUCGCUGCCUGUGGGAAAGCCACGUGGAAGUCAACUGUGGAGAAGCUGGGCGGCCCGGACGCUGUAUCUGGAUCGCUGGCGUCCUGGUUUCCUGGGUCUUCCUGGCACCGGAGGUGCUCUUUGAUGCUGUGGGUCCCUCAUGCAGCUGAAGGCAUUGUCUGUUGA